AUGCGGUGCCUGCUCGAGAGCGACGUCCACCGAGCGAAGGAGGACCUCGUGAUCAAGGUUUUGGGAACCUUGCAUGAGGGAAGCAUCCCCUUUGAGCCUGCGGAUGAUCAGGUGGCGGGCUGGAUCCGGCUGGCCGUGUCGCUGAUGCGCUUGUAUCCCAACGUUCCGCCCGAGCCGUACGGGCAGCACGACACGGUCGUGUUCCACGCCCUCUGCGUGAUCGAGGUGCUUGCCGGUCGAGCGUUCUGCGCCGCUCGCGAUCGGCGACGAGCACAUUUCUUCGAUGUCGACGCGGUUGUCCCAGAGGCGGUGCAGGUCAUCGUUGAGCUUGCCCUCGAGACGCUGUCCUACGAUAGCGGCCCCUUCUGCCCCGAACUCUCCAUGGUGGCCUUUGCCGUGAGGCCGAUCGCGAUACUCGAGCGCUCGGACGAGCUGUGCGAGCUGGCCCUCAAAGCUCUAUGUUCGUUGGCGCUCACUGACGGCGCCGCAGUCGUUGCCGCUGACGCUGUGCGCAUUGCGAUGCACGUCCUCUCGCACCCUCACCUGCCUCAGGCAUGGGAGUGGGCUGUGUGCCUGCUCUCAAUCCUGGCGUCGGACGGACACGGCGUGCAUGAGACGACGCGAGCGACGCGGCGUUUCGCGGGGCGCGUGAUUUAA